AUGAAGGCGUCGGGCACGUUUCGGGAGUACAAGGUGGUGGGGAGCUGCUUGCCCACCCCGAAGUGCCAUAAGCCACAGCUGUACCAAAUACACAUCUUUGCACCCAACCAUGCGGUGGCCAAGCCCCGCUUCUGGUACUUCAUGUCGCGGCUGAAGAAGAUGAAGUCGUCCCGGGAGAUAGCAUCCUGUGGGCAGGUGUUUGAGAAGUCCCCGCUUCCUGUAAAGAACUUCGGCAUCUGGCAGCGCUAUGACUCCCUCAGUGGUGCACACAACAUGUACCGAGAGUACCGGGACCUAACCACUGCUGGCGCCAUCACACAGUGCUACUGGGACGUGGGUACCCGGCACCGUGCCCACGCACACUCCAUCCAGAUCAUGAAGGUGGAGGAGAUUGCAGCUGGCAAGUGCUACCGGCCAGUCGUCAAGCAGUUCCAUGACUCCAAGAUCAAGCUCCCGCUGCCCUGCCGCGUGUUGCUGGGCCAGCACAAGCCGCGCUUCACCACCAAGAGGCCCAACACCUUCGUCUAG